UAUUUUUGGCCCUCCUGUGACAGUCAGAGCGGCUCUCACUGACAGCUGACCGCAGGGGCCAAAUCAAAACAAGCACCGUACCUCCACCGACCUGUUACAGCACCGAGACAUCACAACACCCCGCCGGACACCUAACAGACUCCCACAUUCAAGGAAAAGAGGUUACAUAUUCAUAAUUCUCCAUCAGCCUCUGAAUUGGAGUGAGCUUCAGCGAUAUGACCUCAAAUGAGGAGGACAAAGAUCCUGAUAUUGAGCUUUUCGUGAAGGCUGGCAGUGAUGGAGAAAGUAUCGGAAACUGUCCUUUCUCUCAAAGGCUUUUUAUGAUCCUGUGGCUGAAGGGAGUCGUGUUCAACGUCACCACUGUCGACCUGAAAAGGAAACCAGCAGAUCUUCAUAAUCUCGCUCCCGGUACUCCUCCACCAUUCCUUACCUUCAAUGGCGAGGUGCGGACAGACGUCAACAAAAUCGAGGAAUUCUUGGAUGAGAUGCUAGCGCCUCCCAAGUAUCCAAAACUGGCUGCGAAGAACAAGGAGUCCAACACGGCGGGAAAUGACAUCUUCGCAAAGUUCUCAGCCUACAUCAAGAACACAAAUCCAGGAGCCAACGCAAGUCUGGAGAAGGGGCUACUGAAAGCUCUGAAGAAACUGGACAACUUCCUGAACUCCCCUCUGCCGGACGAGAUUGAUGCCGAUAGUACGGGGGAGGAGAAGUGCUCCAACCGCAAGUACUUGGACGGCAAUGAAUUAACGCUCGCAGACUGCAACCUCCUCCCCAAACUGCACGUAGUGAAGGUGGUUUCUAAGAAGUACCGUAACUUUGAGAUCCCAUCAGAGUUCAGUGGAGUUUGGAGGUACCUGCAGAACGCCUACGCCCGGGAUGAAUUCACCAACACCUGUGCGGCAGACAGAGAGAUUGAACUGGCCUAUCAGGAUGUGGCCAAGCGGCUGGGCAAAUGAACACGUGCUAAUCAGUGACUCUAAUGCAAAACUGCUAAAGCGGUGACUUUUCUCAUUUUCCUUCAGCAGUUAUUGAGCAGAAUUUGCCUUCAGGACAUUGAUUGGUCCUGUAAUACUCCUGUCACUCUUGUGUGUACUUCCCAUACUAUUGCCAUUAUGUUUACUGUCUGUAAGUGACAUAAACUCCUCUAUUAGUGUCGCUAUGUAUGACGGUCUAGAAAAAAACACUGUGCCACUGUUUCCCUGCAACUUUUCAGGGUUGGAUGAUGAUUCUCCUCAUUUAAAGUCCAAUUCUUCCAGCAUAAACCUUUCAAAUUUAAUGUUGUAUAAAUUAUUUUUGCUAGCUUGUGAAACAGUAAUAUAAUUUUGUGCUUUAUCUAAGAGUAGCAUUUUUAACCCUAGUAUUUAUAAUAGUUAAUGUGUGUAAAUCUCCAAAGGAGAAAAAAAGGUGAGCAUUAAGAAUGUAAUGUCUUUAGAAUUGGCUUGAGAACAAUUCUAUUUGAGUACACAGCCCCACCUAGUGGAGAAAUUAAUAAACUGAGCCAUUUAAAUUAGCCUCAUCCUGCAGUUUAUAUUAUAAGCUAUACAUACUGGCGCGAAAUUUAUACACAAUAUUUAAAAAUAAAUAAUUGUUUCUAAGCCAUCACAAAAAAAUAGGCACAUGUUUAGGUCUCAGGUAUCUCUAGCCCUGUCUGGAUUUUUCAUAUAUUUGAAAUGAACAACAAUAUUGUCUCUUAUUAAUAAAAUAUAUUUUUUCAUAAAGCUUGUAAUGUUUGUGUUAAAUCGUGUCAUACUGCAAGACGAAUAUUUCAAGUUGGGAAAAAAACUCACCUCAUCUGGUCGAUUAGCACAGAUAAUUGAGUCAUUCCUCAGCAAAGCUCCAUGAAAUUAAGGGAGAAAAUUGCUUUUUAAAAAAAAAAAAUUUUUAACCACUUAAAUUAAUUAUUCUAUACAAAAUCGGACUAGUUUUCUGGGCGGAUACUCGCGUUAAAUGACUCUCCUGAUUUGUAUCCUUCCGCGUGUUGUGAGAAAGUUACCGCGUUUAUCGACUUGACAAGGUUUGAAAAAUACAGUAUGAAGCCACAUAGCAAAGUGCUGAAAACCACUCAGAACACCUUUGCUACUGCAUUACAAAGCCCUGGUAGACGCUUUAGCAUCAUAGAGAAACUGUGGUAACUGUGUUUGGAUGGAAGAAAGCAAGAACGAUACUAUCACAGGACUGGAAAAAGCACAUUAUAUGUCCUGGAACCGGCAAUUACAUCACCAGCUCGGGUUUAAUGAAGUAGUUGCAAAGUGUUCUAAACACCCACAGGAGGGCAGUGUUUCUUAAAAUUUUCCCAGGGUUCGGCACAGACAUGACCUUGAAGCAAGACUGGGAGUGAGGACAAACGACCCUGAUCCAGGAACACCUCCUACCAGAGGAUGAAUCGUGAGCUUACAG